AGUGCAAUGGGUGCAGUGGUUCACGUGGCUGAGUAUGUGGUUUUCGCAGUCCUGAUGAUUUUGAACCUCGCCGUCGGUUUGAUAUUCGCGUUCCGAGGUCGCGCCCUAAACUCGAACACAGACGAGACGUUUCUGGGAAGUCGGACUCUGGGCAUCCUUCCGCUGUCCAUGUCCAUCCUCGCAUCGUCGGUAACUGCAAUCGGCCUAGUGGGCUUGACGGCGCACUUCUACACUCACGGACUGCACUUUCUCUGGGUAACCAUACCCGCUUUAUUCUUGAUCCCGUUCAUCUCCAGAGUGAUUGUUCCGGUCAUCUACAAACUUGGAGUAACUUCCGUAUUUGAGUAUCUGCGAAUGCGAUUCGGGAACAAAGUCGGUAUCACAGCUUGCUCCUUGUAUUUCAUCCUCAACCAAGUACAGGGAGCAGUGAGCAUCUUUGCUGCGGGAGUUGCGAUUGCGACAUCCUUCCACGUGCCCUUGAUAUGGAGCAGCGUGGCAAUUGGUCUGACUGGUACUUUCUACACCGCGCUGGGCGGCCUCCGAGGCGUUGUCUGGACGGACACGCUGCAAGGCGUCACCAUCCUCGUCUGUCCACUGACGAUCCUCAUCAAGAUCGCCUACGAUUCGACGUUCCAAGAAGGCCUCUAUCUUCGUCCGAUCGCCGACAUCAACUUAAAUCCGUACCUCUUUGAGGCUAGCUUCGACCUGACCAAUGACGAGAACGUCUGGGCCAACAUGAUUGGCCUGAUCGCUACCCACAUCUAUCGCGUGGGCAUGGAUCAGAUGGUCAUUCAGCGCUACGCGGCAGCUAGGUCCCUCGCUGACGCCCAGAGGACCGUGCUCAUAAGCACCCUCCUCCUGGUGACCACCGGCUUCUUCUUGGCCUCAGUGGCAAUGGCGCUGGUCUUCUGGUACCGAGACUGCGACCCCUUGCUUUCCGGGGCCAUACGCAAGAUCGAACAGUUGGUCCCAUACUACGUGGACACAAGCCUGUCUGGUUUCCCUGGAUUUUCUGGAUUCUUUCUGACUGGUGUCGUCAGUGCCACUCUAAGCACUGUGUCCUCUGUUAUUAACUCGCUGGCUGCAACUUGCUAUGUCGACAUCUUGACGCCGUACAUUCACAUCAAUGAAAGAUACGCUAUCAUUACCACAAAAGCCUUAGCAUUUGCAUUUGGCAGUUUGAUGACAAUUUUGGCGGUUCUUGUUCCGUACCUGGGUUCUGCAAUGAGAAUUAUUAUGGUUAUGCUCACCAGCACUUCAGGGCCAUUUAUCGGUCUUUUUCUCCUUGCAUUGGCGUUCCCCUGGGUUAACGCUAAGGGCGCCGCAGUGUCGGUCAUCAUAACGAUGGUUCUUCAAACUUGGGCCGUGCUGGGAAAACUCCUGGUCGGCGUCCACCCGCCGCGGAUGCCUGUGACGCUAGACAACUGUCCCGGAAACUUCACCUUCGUCGGCGCAAACGUCACUCAUGCCUGGCUAUCCCAGGAAGAGAGAAAGAAAGAUAUUUUCCUGCUCUACCGGCUGUCCGCCUACUGGAGUGGAGUUCUGACGGCUGUUUUGACUAUCUUUAUUGGCCUCGUCGUUAGUGCGGUAACUGGUGGCGGACGGUACGCAAGCAGCCAACUGCGGUUUACAAGCGACGCCUUCAUCCGGCUCUGGAAGAAAUUUAAUCUUCUACCGGACUCCGAUUUAGUGCCAGAAGUUGCAAAGGAGAAGGAUGACUGUCUGGAGCUCUGCGACUUAACGAAGGCGGGCAACAGCGUCACCUUGUAG